AGACCACUAGUCAGUUGCUAGCAAUAAAUCCCAGCGUGUCCUAAUACGUGCGAUGAGUAUCACAUGUCAAAGGGUCUGGGCCGACAAACCGCGCAAGUUUGCGAACUCGCAGUCUUAUGAUAAUCCGAAUCCAAUCGAGAUUUUGGAUUAUUGCCGGCGCACAGUCCGGUACAUAGCCCGAAUCUCCAGGUCGGGAGUUAACCCCUUUUUUAAUAUUGUGGGCCCGGGGAAACAUGCGGAGAACCCCAUAGGGUUCGUUGCUCAUGGAAAAGGGGAAUGGGAUUACCCCUUAGUAUGGAAUAUGCUACCAGCAAGGCCUCAUCUUAGUUUUGACGAGACGAAUAAUCGACGAUUCGCGAUACGGCAUACUCGCGUCUCGAUUAUACUAGUAGAUGAGAUGCGACCUCGCGUGCUCAGGUAUUAAUUAAAUCAGAAACUAUGGCUGACCUCAUUGCUACUAUCUUCAUCAUUCUAUUCUUCCAAAAUGUGAUGGCCACGGGAGGGUUGAACGGUUUGCCCAUUCUGAAUGGGAUUAUUCCGACAGUUCCCGCGUUUCCAGGAAUGAAAACUCGAAUCGGCCAAUUCGUCCACCCUGGCAUAUGGCAUACGCACGAUGACUUAGAACGUAUGCGGAUCGGAGUUGAAGAGGAUAAAGAACCCUACGCGUCAGCCUUUAUAAAAUUUAGUGCAGAUAUAUACUCGGCUUCUAAAUAUAGUAUGCAAGGACCCAAACAAGUCAUUUGUCGAGGAUCAUGCAGCAAUUAUACAAUAUUCUCGAACGAUGCCCGAGCAGCAUGGCAGAAUUCUAUCAUGUGGUACAUCACCAGAGAUCAGCUCCAUUGGGAUACAGCUACCGCGAUCUUAAACGCUUGGGGGUCAAAUCUAACAGACGUGAUCGGCACUGAUACGUCCCUCCUUGUAGCCUUAGACGGUGAUCUAUUCGUUAACGCCGCAGAGAUUAUGAGAUGGGAAGGUGGAUGGGUUGAAGAGGGUUCCAAGCCUUCGGGGACGUCGGGAUUCUCUAAUCAGCUCUACUGGUUGUUUGCAAGACAGUCUGUCAUAAUCGGCCAGGCUAACUAUGGGCUAGCUAGCAUUAAGGCUCUCUUGUCGUUUGCGGUAUACCUUGACGAUGUCUCAAUGUAUAACUAUGCACUUAAUGCAUAUCAGAAUGAUUUAUGCGCCGGCGUUCUCGGAAAUUGGCACACAGAGACUGGACAGGGCGCCGAAACUGGCAGGGAUCAAGGUCAUGCCAUGACAGCGCUCGGUUGGGCUGCCGAAGCCUCUCGAGUGGUUCAGUCCCAGGGAUAUGAUAUCUACUCGCUUCAUGAUAACUUAAUCCUCAAGGGGGCGGAAUAUACUGCCAAAUACAACCUAUUUUAUGAGGUGCCAUAUGACCCAAAGUUUUACCGGUGCGAAGCAAUUCUAGUCAGCGGCCCUUGGAGUAUGCCUUCAAAUAUUAGUCGUGGCGCUGCUAGCGGACCACAUGUCUGGGAUAUAUUCUAUUAUCAAUAUGUCAUCAAGAGAGGCCUCGACGCGCCAUACGUAUCAGAAGCCAAGUCAUCUCACGAUGCAGCUGGUGGUGAACAGGCCGGCAAUGGGAAGCUCUCGACUGACCAUCCAAUGUGGGGUGAUCUUAUAUGGUCAUAUCCAAGCCGUAAGGAUAUCUUAAAUGAUGGCGAUCAUACUAUCUAAGGAGGCAGCAGAUGGUAAUCACAUGAGAAGCGGCUAUGUUCCUCGGACAGUGCGAUUCGAUUGGGGUAACAGGGAGGAUUGAUAUUUUCCAGAUUCAUAUUGAGUCCAAUGACCGUUGUUGAAUUUAUGGUUGUCCCGUGCCCGGCCUGUUCACCAAGGCAUUGAGCCGUUAUUCCGUAGAAAUAAGACGAUAAGCUAGGU